AUGGAGUACGUGACUGUCACAUACAGUGAAGUUGAGGUUUUCCAGGGCACACGAACAAACGCCAAUCGAAAUGUACUCGCUGCAUAUUCAAAUUAUUUCAAAGCAAUGUUCACCAAUGACAUGAUCGAAAGUCGUUCGAGAGAGGUGAAAAUUGUGGAUAUCGAAGCCUCGACACUUGAAGCACUUGUCGAUUUCUGCUACACUGGGAAGAUAACAAUCAAUGACGAGAACGUGUUCAGCAUUUUGUCAGCUGCUGGUCUUCUCCAAUUAGGCGAUGUUCAGGUUAGGCUGCUCACACCUGGAAGGCUCCACCUCAUUGGUAUAUCCGCUGUUCUGUAUCACUGUAAACCGAAGUCUGAGAAUACUUGA